GGGGAGCAACCUCUGUUGUAUACAGAUGCAGGCAAAAAGGAACCCAAAAGCCUUAUGCUGUCAAAAUGUUGAAGAAAACUGUAGACAAGAAAAUAGUACGAACAGAAAUCGGUGUACUGUUACGCCUUUCACAUCCAAAUAUUAUCAAAUUGAAGGAGAUUUUUGAAACCCCUACAGAAAUCAGUCUUGUUCUUGAACUGGUGACAGGAGGAGAACUGUUUGACAGGAUUGUGGAAAAGGGAUAUUACAGCGAGCGAGAUGCUGCUGAUGCUGUGAAACAGAUUUUAGAAGCUGUUGCAUAUUUGCAUGAAAAUGGCAUUGUUCACCGAGAUCUCAAGCCAGAAAAUCUCCUCUAUGCUACUCCAGCACCAGAUGCUCCUUUGAAAAUUGCUGACUUCGGGCUGUCAAAAAUUGUGGAUGAUCAAGUGACAAUGAAGACUGUGUGUGGGACUCCAGGAUAUUGUGCUCCAGAAAUUCUGAGAGGAUGUGCUUAUGGACCUGAGGUGGACAUGUGGUCUGUGGGUAUAAUUACCUAUAUACUGCUGUGUGGUUUUGAACCUUUCUAUGAUGAACGUGGGGACCAGUACAUGUUCAAGAGAAUUCUAAACUGUGAUUAUGACUUUGUCUCCCCCUGGUGGGACGAUGUAUCUCUGAAUGCCAAGGACUUGGUGAAAAAGUUGAUUGUGUUUGACCCAAAGAAGCGUCUCACCACUCACCAAGCAUUGCAGCACCCCUGGGUCACAGGAAAAGCUGCAAACUUUGCUCACAUGGACAAUGCACAAAAGAAACUGCAGGAGUUUAAUGCAAGACGCAAACUGAAGGCAGCCGUUAAAGCUGUAGUAGCUUCAACUCGUUUAGGAAGUGCAGGCAGCCACAGCAGCCACGACAGCAAUAAGGCAAGCCGAAACCCAUCACCCGUUCAAGAGAGCGGCCAUGAAGAAAGGACAACAACAGAAUCCAAACAGGAGGAAGAAGGAGCCUCUUGA